CACACACAGCCACGGCACAGAGGAGACGCAGACUUUCACACAGCAUCAUGGCCGUCACGCUCUGUCAGGUGCUGGGCCUCAUCCUGAGUUUGAUAGGGUUGGUGGGAAUCAUCGCUGCCACAGCAAUGGACCAGUGGGCCACAGAGGACCUCUCCGACAGCAUUGUGACGGCCGUGUACUCGUACUCAGGCCUGUGGAGGUCAUGCGUCCGGCAGAGCUCCGGCCUAACUGAGUGCCGACCUUAUUAUACCAUUCUGGGGUUGCCAGCUCUGCUCCAGGCCGUCCGGGCCUUGAUGAUUGUGGGAAUCAUCCUCGCAGCAAUUGGCUGUCUGAUCGGCAUAUUUUCACUGAAGUGCUUGAAAAUGGGGAACAUGGAGGACAAAAUGAAAGCCAUAAUGACUCUGACGGCCGGGAUCAUGUUUCUCGUCGCAGGUAUCUGUGGCAUCGCUGGAGUCUCAGCCUUUGCUAACUUGAUUGUGCAAAGUUUUCGCUUCACAACGUACACUGAGGAGUUCAACAUUUAUGGAGGAACAGGCAUUGGUGGACUCUCAGCAGGUCUGACUCCGAGAUAUACGUUUGGCCAGGCUCUUUUCGUGGGCUGGAUUGGUGGUGCCAUAUUGGUCAUUGGCGGCAUCAUGAUGAGCCUGGCGUGUCGUGGAAUGACUCCAGAGAAGAAUGAGCGCUACAAUGGAAUGGCCUACAAAGCUGCGUCUCAACAGGCCUUCUACAAGUACGACACCAGACCCCGUCCAGUCUUUAAUGAUUCACACAAGGCUCAGAGUGUGGAGGGAAGACAGUCAAACCAGAGAGUUGAUUAUGUGUAGCUUAUUAUUAUCUAUUUUUGACAUACAAAUACUGUAUCAUGAAGUAUAAGAAAUUAGAUUUAUCUCCAUGUACACAAAUAUCAUUGUGAUAUUUUAAAGUAACUAGCAAACCUAACAGUUAAGUUAGCUUAACUGGAUACAAGCCUUUUUUGUUCUCUGUGUUUUACCUUGUAUGUAGGUAGUUAAUGAAGUUUAGGUAGUUUAUAGUAAAGUUUAUAAUAAAGGUUAGCACCAGUUUUUAGCCUGCUAGCAUUAGAUAGCCAAGAUUUUUACUUGCAUAACUGUUGUGAUAUACUGCCUUUGUAUACUAUAUGAAAUGCACAUUAAACACUCUCUAUAUAAUGAAUAGAAUACAACCCUUAGUUUUUCUAGAUCAGGUUGAUUUAUGGAUUUAUUGUCUUCUCGAGACUAUGUAGUAUACAUAAUUCAAAUAAUUGAAAGAUGAUUUCACACAUAUUGAACAAGUGGGUGGAAAUGUUAAAAAGAUGAAUGAAUCAAUUAAGUUGUUGCAAGUUACCAUAACUCAGUCUGAAACAAAGUGCCCUAAGAGCAUAGACACGUUCACCAGCCUAUUCAUUGAUAUUAUCACAUUAUAUGCUGACAUUCUUGGAAAAAGUCCCCAAUUUCACAAAAACUAAGAAAGAAAAUGCCUUAUUUACAAUUUUACAUGAAGUGAAAAGUUAUUCCUGUAUGCUUAUCUUUAAAUUAGAGCCACUAUAGCCCACCCUUUGCCAGGUGUCGGGAAGACUUUAUGUAAUCGUGGUAACAACCACACAGACAGACAAA